AACUUGUUGCUGGUUCCCUGAAUGCGUUGAUCUCACACAGCGCCAAGCGCCAGACAAGAGUGUGAUCUAUCUCUGAAUCGCUCCAAGCUGGAAUAGACCACAUCAGAAUCGGGAGCAAAAGGAGUGCGUUAUAGCCUACACUCUGCGAGAGUGAGGGAAACAGCCGAUAGAGGUUCCGCGCCUUCUGGGCGCUUGGUGGGCACAUGAUCAGGACAGGUUGGACUAUGCUGUCAAGCCGCUCUGUGAUGGUGGAGUGCGGGUAGUGAGUGCUGGAGGCUCCGGGACACGGUGGUGCAAAAGCGGCUCUCCAGAUAGCCAUCAUGACUGGGCUGGAUUUUCCCUCCGGACUUGUAAAAUUGCUUAUAGUUCAGUAAUAAGACAUUUCACACAGAACUGUGGGAAAUGUUUUCUUUUGAUUGCAAAACAACGACCAAUUAGAAUUGUGCAGGUUGCCGGUGGAUUUCUAUAGAAUGGGAUCUUGAAAGGACACUCCAAACUGUGCGUCCUGGGACAUUUGACGAACUGGAAUAAUGAAGUGGACGAAGAAGAUAGUCAUGUGUUUAUUUCAAUUUUCAUAAGCCUUGUGAUCUCUGUCAUCAUAAAUCAAAGGAGGGGUUUUUGUCAAGUUUGUAAAGAAGAAAUUUGCUUAGAAAACUUUGGAAUAUGAUAUUAUAUCAAAGUCACAUUGCAAGCGAAAAAUAUUUUGUAUCAUUUGUAAAUUAAAGGAAUAAUCAAACGCCUAUAGAAAUAGACGGAAACGAGCAAGGACAGACUGUAUUUUCUUGCUUCGUUGUCCUCUCCGGUUUAUUUUCGCCACAACACUUUAGGGACAAGUUGGAUAUUGGAAAAAACUAUGAGAACUUAUUGGGUGAGUGAACCGAUUUAAGAUCCAUUGGCUACGUUUUAAAUCAGAACUUUUAAGAUAUCAAAAUAUCUAUUGGGGCAUUCUCUUCUAUUUUCGUUUUUGUCCUCUUUUUUCUGUGUGGAGAUUCACAGAAAACCAGACUAAAGCUAGACUGCCUAUGCCAGGCGAGCUGGCUGUCAUGCAGGAUUGAUAUCGGGAAGUAUGUUUGGGCUGGAGCAGUUUGGUUCUCAGAUUAAUAGCAUAAACCCUGGCCAGUCAGAGAGAAACAUAAACCAGCCAAGACUGAACAUGAGCUCCCAUUACAAAAGCCCCGGCUUUCAUACCGGAGGCCCGCCAGGAGCCGUGGAGCCGGGCAUGGGCCCUUUGAACGAGCCCCCGAUGCUCGGGCUCAAUAUGAACAUGAAUGGGGAGCAGUACGGUGGCUUUCACCCACGGGGCCACUCGGACAUGCAUGCAGGCAGCGGACUCCAGCAGCAACAGCAGCAGCAAGGACCCAUGCAUGGAUUUUUCAACAACCAGCAACCUCAUCAAGGCCAUCCCCACGGCCACCAGUCUCACCCUCACCAACACCACCCUCAUUUCAAUGGUAACUUUGGAGGGCCAGACCCAGCAUCAUCCUGUCUGCAUGGUGGCAGAUUGAUGGGCUACAACAACAGUGGCAUGGGGCCUCAGCAGGGCUUUGGAGAGGGGUUUGACCCCAUCGCUGAGGGCCAAGCAGGGGACGGCUUCUCCCAGCAGCAGCAGAGAUCUGGUAACAUGUCUGAGUUCCAGCACAACGGCCCCCCUAACGGCAACCACGCUGUUCCUGCCCCCUGUCUACCCCUGGACCAGUCACCUAACCGGGCAGCAUCCUUCCAUGGUCUGCCCUCCUCUUCCUCCUCAGAGACCCAUGGUCUGGAGCCUCGACGGAUGCCCAAUCAGGGUGCUGUGGAGGGAUUAGAGUAUAAUUUCCCCAGCGAACCCCCAACUGGACAUUUUGAAGUACCUGUAUUUUCCCCCUCAGAAUCAGAGUCUCAGCUUCCCCACUUUGGGCCAGGAAGGCCAGUGGCCGGUGGCAGUUUCCCUGGAAACCCUGCCAUGGCUCGGACACCGGGUAUACAGGGCAUCUCCAAAGGGCACCAGCAGCCACCCCCACAGCCCCAGCAGCCUCAGCCUCCCCCACAGCAUGGAGUGUUUUUUGAGCGCUUUGGGAAUGGCCGUAAGAUUCCCGUGGGGAUGGAGCUGGGGGUCAGUGCUAGACACCCUCUCAUGCAGCAGCAGCAGGCUGGUUUGAUAGCGCGACAGAACUCAUGCCCCCCAGGCCUCCCCCGGCCUCCCCAGUCUGAGCCGGGCUCCAUUAACCCCAACAUGCUGGACGGUGGUGUCAUGAUGCCUGUCCAACACAACCAGUUUGAAUAUCCUAUUCACAGACUGGAAAAUAGGGGCCUGCACCCCUAUGGGGACCCCAUGUUUAAUAUGCAACAGCCGGCUCCCCCUCCUCCCGCCCAACAGCCUCCGAAUCAGAGGCUGCAACAUUUUGACUCUCCUUAUAUGAACAUGGCUAAAAGGCCCAGAUUUGAGUUCCCUAACGCACACGGAGGGGAGAAUUGCGGCACGUGGGGUAGUGGCAUGCACAAUGUGCAGGGCAUGGAGAACCACCUCUCUCCCUCAGCCUACCCUGGCCUACCUGGGGAGUUCACGCCACCUGUGACAGAUGGUUUCCCCCCGGGUCCACUCCAGCACGCUGGGCCUGAGCAGCAGUCAAUGCAGCAGCGGCAGAAUGCGGCCAUGAUGAUCAAGCAGAUGGCCUCUCGGAACCAGCAGCAGAGGAUGAGGCAGCCCAGCCUGCAGCAGCUGGGUCACCAUGGCGACGUACCUCCAGGCCCCAUGGUUCAUGGAGGCCCAGUGGGGAGCUUGCCUCAGCCCAACUUUGACAGGGAGAAUGGGGGCAGGAUGCCCAACUUUGAGGGUCAGAACCCUCAUAUAACUCAGGAGAACUGGUUCCCCGGUUCUCACCCACCAGGAGAGAUCAUGUCGCGGCGUAUGGGGGUAACGGGUGGGGAGGCUGUAGCCCACGACAUGGGGCUGCAGCAGAACGGAGUCGGUAUGAUGUUCAGGCCGGGCAUGAAUGGGAUGGGCAUGCAGGAGCCAAUGAGGAUACCUGGAGAUGGACACGUUCAAGCUCUCCACUCUCCUGGUAUGCACCCCCAGUUUGGCAACAACAUGGGCAAUCUCUCCCAGAUGCAGUCCCCCGGAGCCGGGGUAGGACACCCCAACGCACCAUCAGAGAGGCGGCCGACUGACUUCCCUGCCGGGCCUCCCAUGGGAUCUCAAUCAACGUUUCCUUAUGGAGGGGUUAACCGUCAGGGGGCACCACAUAGCAAUCCCCAGGGGGUGAACACCUCACCAGGGAGCUACCCUCCACAGUCUGAGUUCCCCCCAGGCCAGCGAUCCUCUGUCAGUAAACUUGGGGCACUCUCCCUGGGGAACUUUAGCAAAACCAGCACUAAAGACAAUGUUUUUGGACAGAGCUGCUUGGCGGCCCUUUCCACGGCCUGCCAGAACAUGAUAGCUAGCCUAGGGGCCCCCAACCUAAACGUAACAUUCAACAAGAAGAACCAAAAUGAGGGCAAGCGAAAACUGAGUCAGACGGAGCAGGACAUUAAUAGCAGCACAGUUAACGGGACCGGCAGUGCUGGUCCUGAAUAUUUUCAGAGCGGCACUUCCCAGAACAGCCAGAUGCCUGGCAACGGGAAUAGCAACAUUAAGCCUGCAGGUCAAAACCAGACGCUGCAGGGGGAAGCCAGUGCCCUCUCCCCAAAUUUCAACAUGGACGCUACCCCAUGCAGUGAGGGGAAAGCAGCAACAGGGAACGGGAGAGGGAGAGGGAGGAGAAAAAGGGACAGCGGGCAUGUGAGCCCUGGGAUCUUUUUUUCCUCUGACAGCGGAAACCCUGUUGUAAGUCCAGGCCAGCAACCCCCUUCAGCUGGCGUUGGGGAGAGGGGUGGGGGUACGCCCCAUGAGAAACCCCUCCCAUCCCCCUCCUGGGGAAAAGGAGGUGACCUUAUGCUGGGGGACCAAGCAGACCUGAUGUCUUCUCUGGACAGUGGCAUUCAGAGUGUCACCAAAUCUAACAGUAACUCACCGCGCAUAGAUUUUCCUGAUGAUGUCAGCGCCCACUACGGCAACGAGGAUGAGGUGUCCUCUAGCUCAGAUGCAGGAGGUGCUCCUGCCUCCAAGCCCAACCGCAGCCCGCACAUCACCGGCUCACCCAAGCUGCAAAGGGGGGAACAGGGCCUGAUGAAUGGGCAGAAGCCCCUAGGCAUGCAGGACAUCACCAAUCACACUACCUCGACACCCGACAGCUAUGGACUGAGUGCUGGUGUGGGGACAGGUGGCAAUGGAGUUGGUCACCCGGGCACACCUGGGAUGGAGCAGGUACGCACUCCAUCCAGCACCUCUGGCCAGGAUGACAUCCACCCUCUGGAGAUACUGCAGGCCCAGAUCCAGCUGCAGCGCCAGCAGUUCAGCAUCUCAGAGGACCAGCCUCUGGGCAUGAAGAAUGGCAAGAAGAGUGGUGACUGUCUCUCACAGAACGGAGACAAUGAGCUGGCGAACUGCAGCCCGGAUGCUGGGAAGGGCUCAAUGGGCACUAUUGACCUUGACACUCUGAUGGCAGAGCAGCACGCCACCUGGUACGUGCCCAGUGACAAGGCCCUGAUAGAUGGGCCAGAGGACGACAAGGCCAUGGCACCCUGGGAAAAAAACAAGAGCCAGAAUAACAGCAAAGAAGAGUCAGAGCUGUCUCAGAGUAAGGCUGGAGUAGGGGUGGGGGCCCCGGGGCCCGGAGGGGGCAAUGGGGGGAGCCACCUGCAGUGCCUGUCCGUCCACUGCACAGAUGAGCUGGGGGACAGUAAGGGCCGAGGGGGGCCCGUCUCCUCUUGGCGCUCCCUGCACUCCGACAUCUCCAACCGCUUUGGGACCUUCGUGGCUGCCCUGACCUGAACACAACCAGGGCAGCCCAGGAGAUGGAGGGAAGAUCAAAAGAAAGAGAGAGGGGGGGGGGGGGUGGAGAGAGUCAGAGGCAGAUGAUAAUGAAGACGACAGCAAUGAUGAGGAUGAUAUAAAGGUAUUGAUGAUGAGGAUGACAUACAGGUAUUGAUGAUGAGGAUGACAUAAAGGUAUUGAUGAUGACAUAAAGGUAUUGAUGAUGAGGAUGAUGUAAAGGUAUUGAUGAUGAGGCGUCUGCAUUGGCUCUCGCCUGUUCAGGGAGAGAAGGACAUAUACACACUCAUACACACACAUCAACACAUACACACUCAUGCUCACACACACUCACACACACUAUUGGGCACAAAUACAUACACACUCACUCAUGCAUCGCUGGACUAUACAGCUUGGGCUCUAUUCAGUGGUGCCCACAUCUGGGAAACCUCAAAUCACCCUUUUAGUUUUUUGUUGUUUUUUGAAGAAAACAGGAGAAAUGUCAAUGGAGGAAAGGAACAAACUAAAACUGAGAAAACAGAAAGACAAAAUGUCCUUGGCUGUAUUGGGAUAACAGUGUUGAGUCUCUGUUCUGUUACAUUCUUUAGACAUGAAAGUUGUCUCUUAGUAUUUGGGAGCUCUGUGAUUAAUACCCCAUCCUCACCAGCUGUACCCUGUACCUGUACUCAGUGACCUCCUAGCCGUGGUUCUCUCUGUGGGUUGGAGGUGGUACCACCCACCAUGCCUGCCCCCAGCCUAGUGUAUAGAUCACUGGGACUGGGCUUGGGUAUGGCCUCAAGCAGAACCACCCUGACCCAUAUUCACCCGUUGAGGGACUCUGGUCAUCUUUGUCAGCCAGAGUUUGGAGGAUAUGUGUGUGAACCAGCCCUUCCUCCCUCCCAUGGCUCUCAGGGGUACAGGGAGAGGAGAGCAGCCCUCUCACCAGGACCUCUCCCUCAGGCCUGGAACCCCAUUGUUACCCAGAGACACAGGAACCUGAUGAGAUCUGGACCUUUUGAGACACUGUACCUCACAACCUCACCAGGCCAUCCUCCUGGUCCAAUAGAACUGGCCUGGACCCUGAAACAGGGGGAGGAAGAGUGGGAGGGAGAUGGAGAGAGAAAUAGUUUAUUUUUGGUGUGGGCAUCUGCAAAAAGGGAUUCCUGAAUACAAAUUCCUCUCUUUCACUCAUUUCCUCUUCUAUUUAGCUUGGGCUCCAACACAGUUAUACAAUACAGCCAAUGUAAACUGUAGGGGAGGUCAAGGAACCAUUUAAUAAGGGAUUUGAAAAAAGGAAUAUUGGUAUUGCACAUGUAAAAUAAGAGAACAUUUGCUGUGUGUUAGGCAAUCUUGUAACCUUUAAAUAAAGCUUCUGUUGAAUUUGAAUUUCUGAAACAAUAGAUGGAGGCCUGUGACGGCAACGUGCGAACUGUUUCUUUUUUGUUUUCUUUUUUUAAUAAUAUGUAAAGUGCAGUCGUCUGUUUUCCUGCAUAUUGUAUAUAUCUGUAUAUGUUUUAUUGAGUAACUAAAUAACAAUAAAUAUGACGUUAAUGGUGAA